GGCCCCAGCAGCCAAUGGGCGGCCAGCGCUGGGGGGGCGGCGGGGGGCAGGCUGGGAGUGGCGGUUGUUUCAAGAUGGCGGAGGUGGCCACCGGGCCGGGCGGAGGUGUUUACUGGAGUCAGGACGUUUCUGACGAAGAACAGCCAAUGGCAUCUGUUGCAGGAGUGCCUACAAAAGGAAAUUUAAGAACAAGGUAUUUGCCAAAAUAUCAAAAAAGUAAAACUGAGCUAAAGGUGCCUGUAGCUGUUGCUUCUGUUUCCAUGGAUCCUGUUAGAAGCACGGGAGAUCUGACAGGGCAGCAGGUCACUAAUGAAGGAGGAAUGAAGAGUGCUUCUUUAAAGGAUUUGUGUCCCGAGGACAAGAGACGCAUUGCAAACUUAAUUAAAGAACUUGCCAGGGUAAGUGAAGAAAAGGAGGUGACAGAAGAACGGCUGAAAGCUGAACAGGAGUCAUUUGAGAAGAAGAUCAGACAGCUUGAGGAGCAGAAUGAACUUAUCAUCAAGGAAAGGGAAGCUCUGCAGCAGCAGUACAGAGAAUGCCAGGAACUUUUGAGUCUUUAUCAGAAGUACCUAGCUGAGCAGCAGGAAAAACUAUCGCUCUCCCUUUCUGAACUCAGUGCUGCCAAGGAAAAGGAGCAGAAGGGUCCACACUCAAAUCAGCGCAAUGGACUAUUUCUGGACCUGCAUGUUUCUCCAUCUGUUACUACCACACCAAAAGAAACCCCAGAGCUGAAAAUCCAGGUAUCCAGUAAGAAGCGAUCAUGCCGACAGCCAUCUUUGGAGCUCGAUGGUUCCUACUUGGGUAUUGGGGCGCCUCAAACUUUCUAUAAGAACAGUAGAGCAUCAAAGGCUGGAAGCCCAGCCCGUGUUGCAUUGUCUCAGCCUUGCAGGAAUAACCACGGUUACGGGACUGAAGUCCAGUACAACCACCAGGAGCGUCUGAAGGAAUAUCCAGUAGAAAAUGACUUGCAGAGAAAGUGUAACAAUAUGAUUUCCCCCGCCAAGCAGAGGAGCCCUCACUGUGUAAAACCGGCUCAGGAGAUGGACCGGAAAGCAAAUGAAUUUCAGAGCACAUGCCCUCAGCAAGUGAGUCACGAUUGUGCCUGCAGGCAUGUAGGGAGCUCGGGGAGCGUGCAAGAGAGCCACCGUCUCAGCCAGGUGCUUAGAAGACACUCUGGGCCAGUUCACAAAACCUGUGAUUACUCUAGGCACUCUCGAGUUUCUGGCCUGAAUGACAGCGUGGACUCGGGGACUAAGGAAACAGAGCAGGCUAAAAGGUUGUAUGAAGAAAGAAGGCAGAAGCUCCUUCUGCAGAAAAUGGAGCUGGAAAUUGAAAAGGAACGACUCCAACAUUUAUUGGCUAAGCAAGAAGCAAAACUGCUCCUAAAACAACAGCAACUACACCAAUCCCGUAUGGAUUAUAACAGGUUUAGAGGCCAUGUACCGGUUUCACAAGAUGUGCCCAUUGAUGAAGAACCUGGAGAACUAGCUCUGAUGAUGAACAGCAACAGCAUGGGGCUAAGUGUUCCGGUGUCGAAACACGAAGAUUAUUUUCUGAGGAUGCCACAAGUGAGCAAAACCUCCAGAACACCAGGGAGUAGUGGUGGGAGCAGUUCAGGGAAGAAGAUAGUCGGUUUUGGUGCAAACGUGGGAGAUGGACAAGCCCUUCUGAUGCAAACCAAAAAGGAAGGCAACAAGUCAAGGAAAGGGACAACUUCAGGACCUAGGAAGAAUGUAGCCAUAUCUCCUGUGCUGGUAGGCAGCAACAAAGAGCUUGCAACUGCAGCCACAUCACCAAACCAGCAUGACACUUCCCGCUACGAAGCCUGUCUUCUUGACCUGGUCGAAGCCAUGAGUCCGAUAUCUGCCCCAGGACACCUCUGCAGAGAAUCUUACAACAAGAACAAAAUGCACAUGCCUCAUCGUUCAAGCCACAGGCUGUCGUCUUGGUACCAGACCCCUCUCAGCUCCAGAAGCAGAGCAGAAGAGCUAGAGGAGAGUCGGCUCCUCGAGGAGAUUUUUUUCAUUUGACAUGCCUCAUUGGUCUACAGCCCUUCUGUAGAAUUUUUAGGACCUUUUUAUUGCUGAUUUGUUUGUGUUAAAUUACCUUUUUUAAAUUAUUUGAGUGACAAUUGCUUGUCUUUUCUUUUCUAAAAUGUAGCUAAUUAGCAUCCAGUUUCAUUUAGGUUUGAGUAAUCAUGGUGCAAGAACAUUGUUGGGAUAGACCAAUCAGAAAGCGUUAACCUUUUUUUUCUAAACCUUUCACGUGCCAAGUAAUCAUUCUAAAAUAGAAUUUUUUUUUUAAUCUACAACAUUUUCUAAUAGAUUGAAGUCACAGUUUUGCCAGCUUCAUAUCGGAAGUAUAUUUCAUUAUCGAUUUUUAGCUCUAAAGCGGUUUGCAAGAACUGCCUAACAGUCAAGAACCACCACGUUCAAAGUAGAUUAUUUUCUAAUUAAACAAGUCUGUUUAAAACCUGGCAUAUUAUAAAGGUACAAGCACUUUAGUACUUUUUUCAGUGAUUUUAUGAUCUACUUCUUCCUUCAAUAUUCUGAUAUUUAACACACUGGGUUUUUAGGGGAUAUAUUGUAAGCUCAACUAUACAGUGUCUAAUAACAUUAAUAGAGGAUAUUGCAGGUUGAUGUACUGGGCAGCCAUUUGAAAUGUAUUCCUCUCUAAAUCAGUGCUGUUCGACAGAGUUUAUGUGCUCGGUAACCUAACCCUGAAACAGCAGAACACAGUCAGACAUUGUAGUGGUCCAAAACCUAUUUGAUGUACUUUUCAAGAUUAAAUAUAUAGCAGUGGUAGUAUAAGAACAGUCUUUCAGAAGACAUUUUCACUAACUUGCACUAUUUUGAUCCUGUAUCCAGGCUCCAUUGUAAAUAAGACAAAUCAGUAAUUAUUUCCACUAGCGGCUUGCAAUGCACAUUUCCCUGCCGACUUUAAUUAUUCAUGCUGUAUCUAUUUCAGUUUAUUUAAAUGCACUUCCAUCUACUGCAUGUACUUGGUUAUUUAAAGAAAUAUGCCGAAUUGGUAAAAAUGACUGCAGAUUACAGGAUUAAUGGUCAUUUUCUCCACAAUGCAGUGUUCAUAUUUUAUUGUAACAGUAGCCACCGGCAUGUGUUCCUAGAAAUAUGAGGCUAAAAUACUCAUUUUGCACAGUAAAAUUGCAGCAAGGGAAAGGUAGAAUUGAGCCAGUACGGGCAAGUUCUAGGCCAUUUGCUCCCAAACACCACUUCAUGGGCCAGUACAGCUUUUCUGACAGUCUCUUUAGGCAACCCUGCUUAUCUUAAUGGCAGCCAGUUGCUGUACUGAUCCUUGGGGUAUCGCCGCUGUCUGCCUCCCACGUGCUCGCUCCUGUGCAGCGUUUGGUGCUCUGCGAGGAGCUCGCAAGGCUCAGUGAUGAGGCCCCUGGUGCGUCUCCCACGAGACCAUCAGUGCAGGAUAUCUAGCACGAGCCCCUGGCAGCACCGUGCGCUUACAGCGAUGAAACAAAGGCAGAACGAAGCGGGGGGUGAACCUCAGGUUACUCUGGGCUGUUUCAUUCAGACCCAGUCUUAAUCACAAAUUAGGUGAUGUCCUUCUCUUGCAUCCCAGCUGAAUUUUAAAAGCUGCUUGGAGGAGUUCAGAGGAGUGAAGCAGCAUUACUGGACCAGAAAAUGACUACUGUGGAAAGGCCCUGCUUGGUCUGUCCUGCUGUCAGUGAAGUAUUAUAGUUCUUUCUAGUAUGUCCGUCUGCUGUUGAAUGUCCCUCUUGUUCUGCUCCUUGAGCCUGCGAAGGCAUGGGUUUCUUCUCAAGGCCCUGAAGAUAUAUUCUGUGCCCUGACUCGGGUACAGCAGGUGGGGAAAUAGGUUUUCUCAUUCUGCUGGCUGACUAUUCUGCUUCUUUAAGAGGGCAGGGAAAGGGAGGGGAAAGAAAAGAAAAACGUACACGGAGCAGCAGGAAAACUGAAAAACCAUGAAGAAAAGACCGUCACAUAGAUCUUAGGCUUUUGGGCUGGGUUUUGGUGUUUUUUGGUUUUGUUGGGGAUUUUUUUUUUUGUUAAGGUUUGGCAUUUGUAAAGAAACAGUUCUCUGCUUUCAGUCCAAUUGCUUCUCUUUUCCAGGUUGACUGAAACGUUAAUUGCCUUUUCUAACAAGUGCUAACUGACCUUUUGAAACAGUAAAAACUACACGUAUAUCUCUUGAAAGGUGCCUUUAUGUACCCAGUCGAGAACACUGUGUGGGAGCGUUCUGUUCUUUGGUUCUUGUGGGUGCCAAUAUUUUAACUGCUUUAGGAUUCCUUAUGAUCCAUUUUGUUCAUUAACAAUUCUAAUUCUAAUGGUGACUUUUGACUUGAAUCUAUGUUUUGGUAGUAGCUCUUUUUAAAAGGACAUUGCCAGGGUUGUGGGCUCUACGCUCAAGGUGCUGCCCAUCAGUCAGAGCUACACAGGAGGCAUACCUUUAUGAAGCCAAGAACUGUAGAGUUAAGGUGGUUGAAAUGUCAGAUGGGUGAAGACCAGCCUGUUUUAACUGUCUGUGAGAUGCGGACGAAGAAACAAAAGCUAUUAAUUUGGUAGGCCCUGUGAGAAAUCAUUUUUUAUAAUGCUGGCUCUUGCUCUAGUUAUCAGCAGUACAUUAGGAACAGUGUUUAGCAGUCAGUGCAAGCAAAGAUAUUUUGCCAUGAGGCACUACAAAGUUGAAGUUAUUAAAACAUUUAUAGCCUUAGAAAAAAAAAUCAAUGAUUGUCAAAUAGGAAAGGACAAAAUCAGUAGCUGGGACUGGGAGGGGAAUUGUUUCCCAUCUGCUAAAACAGUAGAGGAAAUGCAAAAAUUAAACUAGCAAAAGCAAUCACUUGACAGUGUCCUUUUAAGUUUAAGCUCCUACAUUAGGAAGCUGCCGCCGGGGAGUUAGUCCAGCCAUAGAUUGUUUGUCCAAAAUGUUCCCAGUUAAUAUGCUUCAGCUACGCAUCGGGCUGUGUUUUACAUGAGGCUUUGUGGAGUAACAUGACUUCUGCAAAGGCUCCCACCCUUUGUGUUCUUCCCGAGUGGCUCGUACACACACACUUGCUGAGUGUUUGUGUAGUCAUUGCGUCUGUGCACCUUGCACCUGUAGCAGUCACACCCUUUCCACUUCUAGUCUCUCCAGUCUCGCUGUUGAAUCCCAUCUUGAGCAUAUAUUUAUAUAUGUAUGUGAGGUCUUAAUCUAAUAAAUGAUCUAGAGGUUUCGUUUAAUCUUCCAGACUUCUUGUUUAUUUGACUUACCUCCUGGUUUGUUUUGUCCAGCUCAGAUGUCAGUUCUUUCAUUGACAACAUGUUCUGCUUCCUACAUCAUCAUGUCGUAUAUAUUGUGAAUCUCCAGUUUGCUAAGAUAGACGAGGAACUCAUUUUAAGCCUCCUUUGGAGCAUGAAAUGCCGGAGACCUCUCAGAAUACACAAGAGAAGAGAAGGGGAGAGCCAGCACUGUGCUUUGGGACAAAAAGGUAGAAUUAAGGAGUAAGGAAGAAAGGAUGGAGGUAAAGGCAAGAAGGACUAGGAUGCAAGGCAGAGAGCUGUACCAAAGGGUGACAGAAGGUGUAGGCUGAGUGGAGCUGAGUCAGAAGGUAGUCUUGAAUUGUUAAAAUAUAGUAAGUUGAUGAAAGCAAAUUUUGUGCUUAUAUCCUGGAGGGAGAAAUGUCUUGAAGCACUUCUUCCCAGAAGAGGCUUAUGACUCCCCACUCCUUUUUCAAAACGUGUUCCUGCAUUUGAGGAGAUACUGUCCAAAGGAUACAUGGUAAAUCAGGGAAAGAAGGCAGUGGCCUAACUUCAGCUGCUCCCCUUUAGAGUAGCUAGACAGGGAGGCCAGAGCCCCGAGGGUGACAGGGUGGAACCCAGGUAUAACCCAGGCAUGGACUGAAUUUAAUUGCUAGCAAGGAAAGGUGGUGUGGACUUCGACGACAGAACGUGAGACUGGACAUAGCAAGAAUCUGAAUAAGGGAGAAACAAGCAAAACAAAAUUUGCAGUGAUCCAAUGAGCUGUGGAGGCUUGGUGUUAAGGAAGGAGAGGAAAGGGCUUAGCUAUGCUUGAGAGAGGUUGAGCCCGAGGUACCUAAAAGAUAUCCCUUGAAGCGCACAUGAGCCCGGGGUUAAACUCUAAAGUUGCAGCAGAGAUUUUCUGAAAUACGACCUCCAGGCAGUGUUUGAAAUUGUACCAUCUGAAGGGGAGAGAGCACUGCCUGGUUAGUUAGAAACCUCCUUUUUCACUCUUACUAAAUUUAUGAAAUUGUGUGCUAAUUAGUGUAUGAUUUAUAAAUUUACAUAACUGCAUGCUACAUAAGACAACACAGAAUAUUGAAUGAGGUGAUUUAAACUGGCAGAAGCAGAGAAAUCUGCUCUGACUGGGUGUCUCUCCUCUGGAAAAUGCCUCUCCUGAUCCAUAGCUGCUGCCUGCAUCUCUUGAAGGCUUCUCUGCUCACAAUGACAGUAAAUGUUUUACGGUAUUGGGGCUCCACAUAGCUGUGAGAGAACAGCCUACCUUGAGCAUCUUGGGCGUGGUUGUGUGGCAGAGCUUUCACCGUGAUCCUCGGGGAAGGUGCUGGGAAGCAGAAGUUGGGUAAAAAACAUCAAGAAGCUCAGCUUGGUCUGGUCGGUGUUGGUGCUUGACGACUCCCACAGUCGUUCACAGGGGAUGCUACUGCAGCAAGAGGAUGGGGACAUGGGGGAACUGGAUUUGAUUUCCAGCUCUGGAAAAGCCAUUUACCUCCCUCUGCAGCUUGAAGGGGUGAUUUCAGGCGUUGGGAAACCUGGAGAAACUCAGAUGUCACUGACAGGUGACAUAUGUGAGGACCGAGAAACCCAGAGGGUCCCAGCAGACAAACCGAUCCACAAGCUGCAAUGAGAGCCAUAAAUUCCUAGCUUCCUUAAUUCAGGAGUCUUUCUUAGUAUGUGAAAAAAACCCCACUUUAUUCACUCACAGCAUUCAGUAACCAGUCUUAGACUGUAAGCUCAUUCUUUCUGGUCUCCUGUCUGCAGACGGGACAGAAGUGAAAAAUUGGGAAAAAAAUAUCUUUCCUGGUUGCUUACUGGCAACUACCUUAAAACAGUGAAGUGUGGAUUUGACUAAAGCCAUUGUCCAAACACAACGUGUCGAGUGUCGUGAACGUUAAGGACGAUGCGGGAACUCCUCUGCUAGACCUGGUAAGCAAGGAAAGGACGAGGUGAAUUCACAGACACAAAAGCUCGUUCUUUUUCAAAUUAGAGUUGACUACGAGAAAGUUGCAUUGAAAUUUUAAAAGAACUUUGUCAAAAUCUCCCAGUGUUUUAUUAUCCUUGCUGUUACGAAACUGCCUUAUUUUGAGGUUGUGUUUGUCUGACUUUAUAAUUUCCAGCUGCUGCUCUUAGUCAUACCUUUGGAAGCAAGGUUGCAGCGUUCCCCCCUGUGGUUAGAAAGUGAGUACCCCCCACACAGCAAUAAUCUCUUGGUUCGCCCUUCUCUUUGAUGAGAUGGAGUCCCUUAUGCCCUGCGUCCUAAUGUCUUCCAGCCGCUGGAUUAUCUGGGGGGCUUGUUUUUGAACUUUCUCCAGCAUUUUAGCAUCUUGAAGGGUUUACACUAGAGCAGGUGCUGUUGCUGUGAACGAUGACAGCGUGGCCUCAUCUGCGCAGUAUUUGCCUUUUGACACUUUCAGGAGCCUUGUUUGGAGGUGUUGGGCUGGGUGCCUGGUCUUACUGCUCUAUUUCUUGGAAACAGAAAGUCUGUGAGUGAAACCAGGAGACCCUGCUAAAUUUAGAAGAGUUGAAGAGGAAGAAAUAAUGUGAAGUAGAAAUAGCAAGCAGGAAAAAAAGAAAGAUUGCAGGAUCCAAUUGUGCAUGGAGCAUGAACCUGGGGUUGCAGCAUCUGUGAACUCAGACACCUUGAAAACAAUCUGAAAGACACACGCUUGAUGGGAUGGGGGAGACCCAGACAGCAGAAACCCUCAGAAGGGGAAGAGUGAACAAAGUGUGAGGUGAUGAUAUCUGAUAGCAACAAAAACAGACGAGAAGACUUUUGAGCUGCAGGUGAGGAGGCGAUGACAUCUCCAAAUUGCAGAGGAAACGUCUCCUUGUCAGCGGGUCCGGUGCCCCUCUAUUUGCACUGGUGCCUUCAGCACAGGGAUCUCAUUACCACAGAGUUUACUGGCAGAUUGGAGGGAUUUCAGUAAGGAGUAAUAAAAAUGAUCAGGGACUGCUAGAAUUGACAUAAUGAGGAAACAAGAUGAGAAGAGUCAGGUAUUUAUAGCUCGGGUGAGAGAGACAAUUAAAAGGUGGGGUGGGAGAUGGACUGCAUGACCUGAAAGUGUUGUCUGUGUCUAAUAACUUCUCGUCGUCUGCUGUACAGAGGACUUGAAUUUACUAAGGCUGUCAAUCUGACCCUUAACAGCCCUAACUUCCCAUGUUGAAAAGCUCAGGUGGGCGUACUCUGUCUGUAUUGACACUGUCAGGAUGUCACUGGUACUGUACUUUGUUUAAAAAAACAGUCAUCAGCCGUGUUGUGGAAAAAAAAUCGACACGGUGACAGUAAAAGGAAAAAAAUUAGACCUUCACAAAAUAAAAAGGCCAUUGAAGACCUUCCUGAGAGUAGGGCUGACUGGGGAGGGCUCCCGGGUUGUUCGGCCGGUGAUGCUGAGCCCUUCUUGCUGCCCGCGCGGUGACCAGGGGGGAAGGUCCAUCCAGAGGGAGCAAGUGUGAGCCUUCUUCUGCACAAGGCGGGUGCUGGUGGCACCCAGGUGUGCGCCCGGCGGAGCAAAACCUCUGCUUCCCUGUACGCGCACGUGUGCGCGGGCUGCCGUCCCCGAGAGCUGCCGAGCUCCGUGGGUGGCUCCUGGGGCAAGCUCUGUGCCACCCACAACCCUGCCGGUCUCACCCGUGGCUAUGGCUGCCUGUGGGGUUUCACUUCCCUUCCUACUGCCCCAACGCAGCGGGAUCCAGCCCCGGGACAGGCGGGAUGUCCCCUGGCCGUGUCCAACUGACUGCCUCACCCGUGGGGACCCGGCACUGGGUGUGGGUGGGUGUCCGUGCAUAUAGUUUUUUUGUGCAGAUAGUUCCCCUCUGAUUUGUGCAAACCCACUAAAUACAUAUUUUGAUACCGUGCCGAACCCCAGCAGCCUUUGCACUCUGUUUUUUUCUGAGUUGGAGACCCCUGAGAAGAGGGAAGGUGGCAUGCUGGCCCACCUGAAUAACGACAUGGCAUCCUCGCGGUGAGGGUUAUUUAAAACCUUGACUAAGUCCCCAGUGCUGCGGAGCAGAGAGCCCCGGGUUUGCUCCGGACGGGAGAGACGGCGGCAGAGCUGGAGGCAGCCGAGCUGGAGACACCUCGGUUCCUGGGUGUGCAGUCAAAUUAAAACGCUGCUACCGAAAGCAGCGGGGCCGUGCGUGUUGGAGGCGCUUUGGGGAAAUCUCAGCGCGGCGUUUGUUGAGUCUGAUGGCGGAGUAGCCGCUCGGUUUUAAUGAUACCUGUGUGCAAAGGCCACAGCUGCUUUCAUCCAUUUCACAUUAGUCUGACUUUCACAGAACAGACAUAGCCUAGGGUGGUGGAAGGGAGAGAAAGGUGACCAAAAGAAAAAAAAAAGCCAUCCAUUUUAUCCAUUUUUCACUACUUUUUCCAUCCUUCUGAGCUGCGAUACCAGGCUCUGGCUGAGCAACAGUAAUCUUAUCCAGCAUACUGUUGAUUUAAGCCUCUUGGAUUUAUAUAACUUUGGAAAUGGUAAACUAUAUUAAUUUGCUGUGUUUUCAA